AUGGACAGUCAUAAUCAAUCGGACGUGAGUACUCCUGUAGAGAACGAUUCGCCUGUUUCGGUGGACACCCCGGCCACGGAAUCGUCAGUCUUGUUUGACAAUCUUGACGAAUUGCUCCGGAGAAUUCCUUCGGAAAGCUCCUAUGUCCUUGUUACUGGAGGACUGGGGUUCAUUGGAAGCCACACCACCUUGGAGCUCCUCAAGGCGAACUGUAAUGUGAUUGUGCUCGACAAUCUCAGCAACUCUUUCGACGUUGUUUUCGACCGCAUCAAUUUCUUAGCCCAAGAGUUCCACACACAAAAUGGAUCUCCAAUGCCGUCUUUGAGACUGCAUCCGCACGAUUACCGUGACGCAAAAGCUCUUCAACCUCUUUUGGAAGAGUAUCGCCUCCCCUCGAGAUGGGGCGUGGCCAAGUCGAAGAUCGCUGGUGUUAUCCACUUUGCGGCAUACAAAGCCGUUGAAGAGAGCAUUCGGCAUCCAUUGAAAUACUACGCUAACAACGUGAGCGGUCUCAUCGAUUUUACAACCAACCUCGGCGACUUUGGCAUCAAAACAUUCAUCUUCUCUUCCUCCGCCACAGUCUAUGGCACUCUUGCAAAUUCAGGUCUUCCGUUGAAGGAGGAACUCUGCGUCCACAAAGAGGAAAUCACUCUCGACCGGGAUGGGCAAACCCAAACAGUGCAGCCCGGAUGCACGGGAAUCACCAACCCAUACGGACGCACAAAAUGGAUCUGCGAGUCCAUCUUGGCCGAUCUCGCCGCCUCAGAUCCAGAGUGGACAGUCGUCGCUCUCCGAUAUUUUAACCCCGUCGGAUGUGAUUCAUCGGGACUCCUGGGCGAAGACCCACGACAAACGCCAACAAAUCUUCUCCCCGUUGUUGUCAAGGUCAUGACCGGCCAAUACGCUGAGCUGCAGAUGUUCGGAACUGAUUGGGAAACCUCAGAUGGAACAGCAAUUCGCGACUUCAUCCACGUCACUGAUUUGGCUCGUGGACACAUAGCUGCACUCAGCACCGCAAACGAGGGAAAGCUACGCGAGAAUUUCCGCACUUUCAACUUGGGUACUGGAUCAGGUCACUCUGUUUUGGAGGUUGUCAACACAAUGGAGACUGUUAUCGACAGGCCAAUUCCGAGGAAAGCGGCAGCCCGCCGAGCAGGUGACGUAGGAUCCUGCGUUGCAGUCGCUAAGAGGUCCCGGGAUGAGCUCCAGUGGACGACAGAGAAGUCCUUGAAAGAUGCGUGUCAGGACAUUUGUACUUUCCUCAAUGUCAGUGGCCUGUCUUCAAAGCAGUGCUGA